AUGGAACCGGCAGCAACUACUAGUGGUGGAGGAGCAGGGUCUUUCCCCCUGCCGCCGCAGCCGCCGCUGCAAAUAAUUGACGUAAGGUCAGUAGUGGAAGCCGUCUCCGGCGGAGAUGAUCAAAACGACGCUCCACUCUACGAGGUUGAAAGCCUCUGCAUGCGCUGCGGCGAGAAUGGGGUAACAAGAUUGUUGCUGACUGUGAUUCCACAUUUUAGACAGAUAUUAUUGGCAGCUUUUGAGUGUCCACAUUGUCACGAGAGGAACAAUGAAGUGCAGUUUGCUGGUGAACUCCAGCCUCGAGGGUGUAACUAUUGUUUAAAAGUUGCAGCAGGUGAUCGCAAGAUUCUCAACCGUCAAGUAGUCAAAUCUGAAACAGCAACUAUUAAGAUUCCAGAUCUUGAUUUUGAGAUUCCUCCCGAAGCUCAACGUGGUUCUUUGUCCACGGUUGAAGGGAUAUUAACACGUGCUGCUGAUGAACUUGGUGCUCUUCAAGAAGAAAGAAAGAAAGUAGAUCCUCAAACAGCUGAUGCAAUUGAUCAAUUCUUGAUAAAGUUGAGAUCUUGUGCAUCCGGAGAUUCGUCCUUCACUUUUGUCCUUGAUGAUCCCUCGGGUAACAGCUUUAUCGAGAAUCCGUUUGCCCCUUCUCCUGAUCCAUCACUGUCUAUUAAGUUCUAUGAAAGAACUCCCGAGCAGCAAGCAUCUUUAGGCUAUCUUGCGGAUCCAGCACAAGGAGGAGGAGCUGCAGAUGUCGCACCGUUGGAUACAAAUAAUGGUCCAGAGCAAGGUUCAAGUGAGCCACAUGGAUCUGUUGGCGCUAGAGCUGGUCGUAGGGCCAUAGCUCAAGUAAACAGUGCAGAAGUGGCAGAAACUUUGUUCAAGUAUUCUGCCCCUGAAGAGGUGAUGACUUUUCCCACUACCUGUGGAGCUUGUGGUGCCAAGUGCGAGUGUCGGAUGUUUGUUACUAAUAUUCCAUACUUCCGAGAAGUAAUAGUCAUGGCAUCCACUUGUGAUUCUUGUGGUUACCGCAACUCGGAGCUGAAAGCUGGAGGAAGUAUUUCUCCUAAAGGAAAGAAAAUUAUUAUUCAUGUGGAGAAUCUGAGGGAUCUCAGUCGAGAUGUCAUAAAGUCAGAUACUGCUGGUGUGACCAUUCCAGAGCUUGAGUUGGAGCUGGCUAGCGGGACCUUGGGUGGUUUUGUAACUACUAUUGAAGGUUUAAUUACAAAGAUUAGUGAAAGCCUUGAGAGAGUGCAUGGGUUUGGAGAUAGUCUUGAUGACUCCCAAAGAAACAAAUGGCUAGAGUUGAGGACAAGGCUCAAACAGCUUUUGAGCCUGGAAAAGCCUUGGACAUUGAUUAUUGACGAUGCUUUGGCUAACUCCUUCGUGGCACCUGCAACUGAUGAUAUCAAGGAUGAUCAUCAACUGUCUUAUGUGGAAUACGAAAGGGCAUGGGAACAAAAUGAGGAGUUUGGCCUCAAUGAUCUGGACACGUCUUCAGCUGAUGUAGCUUAUGAUAAAGUGAAUGAAGGGGCAUCUUAA